GACGGAUUUGUAUACCCAUGUUUGUGAUAGGGACCGAUCGAGGAAAAAUAAACAUAUCUUUAUCGCACAAUCCUUUGUGCGGAUCGUGUGAAUCAUAGAAUACAUUUUAUGAUAGGAUCGGGUAGAUCCCGAAUAAAUAAAUACAUCUCUCUUGACGAUCCUUGUUUGUGGAUCGUGUGAAUCAUAGGUCUAGUUUUACGAUAGGGUUUUGUUUAUGUUUUGGUGUUACGAUAGCGGGGAGCUUAUCGUAAGUUCGUUCUGUUCAUUAUAUUCGAAAGAGGUAAUAGAUGCAAGAAAAACUUGUAUAUAAUUUCUAAGAUAGAAAAUAAAGCAGUUCGUGUCUAGACACAGUGAAGAACGGUCGUGUUUUCCGUUAAUAAAUUGAAAAAAAAAAGCCUAAGACCGCUCGGGCAUUCGCAUGUGGUGACAGCGGUUCGCGAACGCGUUAGUUAUUAAUUAUUAAGUGAAAUAAAUGACUUAACAUAGUGUGUAAGAGUGCAAGUUCUGAGCGAAGUGUAUUACAACGGAAAGUGUGUGGAGAUUUUUUUUUGUCCUUGUCAAGUCAAGUGAAAUAAACUAAAUAAUAAGUACAUGGCAAAAUAGUACGCCGCAAAGAAGUGAUUAUUAAAAAGGAAAUCAUGUAGCGGGAAUAGGAAAUUGAACCACGUGGAAAAUUAGAAGAGCUUUACGUUUUUUAAAGCACUAUGUGGUUCUCCGGAAUAUUCACAAUAUGGUAAGUAUUCGAUUUUUUCACUCUCCUAAUAUCCUUAUUAUAUUAUGCUCGUAUAACUCUUCUCGAGCCGAGAUUACGCUGUUUUUUCAUUUUAGUUUUUUUUAUGUUCUAUAUAAUAGAAUAAAGCGCUUUACGCUUUAUAAAGAAAAUCAAGUAUUUCUUUCAAUACACCCUUAUGAAUAUAGUUUCACUUUGCACCCACUUGGAAAUAUUGACUUCAUAAUUGUGUCUCCAUGUGACACGGAAGAAAAUAAAUAGUACAAGGGAAGUAAAAAUUGUUGAAGGAAGGAACGGUGAAUAACAAGUAAGGGCGUAAAUAACUAGUGAAUGUUUUUAUUCCCUACUGAUACUUUUAAUACGAAACCGGAAAAAUAAUGCCAGGUGAUUUUCUUAAAUAAUAUCCAAAUUUAGAUAAGGAGUUUCAUUAAACUUUCCUUAAUGUAUAAAUGUUUCAAUGCAGAGAAACGUAAUUUUGCUGAAUUGUUCAUCUGUGAAUGAGAGUAUUUUAAUAUGAAGAUGGAAAGUGUCAUGAAAGAUUUUUGGUACAAAUUAUGGUAGAAAUGAAGUUUGAAAUCGAAUAAAAAAAACAUCAAUUGAUCAUCUCACUUGAUAUUUGGGAAAAGUCAAUAAAGAUGAACAGAAAUUUUAAUUCUGUGAAUUUGUCUCAGUAAUGUUUUUUUUUUUGUGAAAAUAGAUUAAAAUCUUCAAGAUUUUAGAAGAAGGAAAAUAUAUGAUUGGAGGCAUUUAUCACAUGAUAAUUUUGAAUCAUUUUACUGUUUAAGUAUUCAAAAUGGAUUUCGUAUCAUCAUACAACCGGUUCACACGGAAAUUGAAAGAACGACUUUUUAGUAUCAAAAAUAACAUUUCAAAAGAUGUUGCCGAAUGGAAAAGCAAACUUGCUUUAGCAGAACAAACUGGCGGCAGAUUGAAUAAUCUCAUAAGCUCGGUUGAAACUUGCAACGAACUUAAUAAUAAACUGGAAUCUAAAUUCAUCGUAUUUGAACGAAGAAUUUUAGAGCUUGAAAAUGAGAAGCACCAGAUGAAGGUGGAUAUACAAAAUCUUCAAGAGGAGAAAUGUCAAUUAUUGAAUAAGCUAAAUAAUUUUGAAGAGCUGAAACAAUUUAAUCAUAAAUUGGACACAACCUUGGAGCGAGAAAUUCGCGAGAAAAAUAAUUUGAAAGUAAAAGUUGACAAUAGUUUUCAAGAGAUCGGUCGACUGGAAAAAAGGUUCAAAGUUCUGAAAAAUUCACAUUUAAAUAUCAAGAACGAAAAACAAUUGUUAGAGAAGAAAAUAGAGCGCCUGAAAAAGCAGCACACCGAGUCGAAGAAGGCAGACAGGGAAAACAUCCACAAAUGGAAAACCAGUUUUGAGCAAUACGAAACAAAACUGCGAGAUUCGGAGUGUGUAAAAUUACAGCUAGCGGAAAAAAACUCCCGUUUAAAAGAAACAAACAGGGAAACGUCUAAAGAGGUCCUGAAAUUGAGGACAAUGCUCCAGGAAAAUGAGCUCGUCUUUAAUCAAGAGAAAAGGAGAAUCAAGGAAGGGAAUAUGCAACUGGAUAAAUGGAUGAAAAGGAAUCAUGAACUGAACACAUUAAUCAAACACUUAGAAACAGAAAUGAACAUUUUGAAAGAUGAAAAAACAGAGCUGAUCAUUUCUACUAACAAUAAAGAAAUAAAAAUCGACACAUUGAGGGCAGAAUUAAAUCAAAAUAAAUCGACUAUAGCGAUAGCAGAGCGGGAGCAGCGGAGCGGGAACAACGAAGCGGGAACAACGGAGUGGUCACCAGGUAAGUAACCCUUUUUCCACUUUCUGCGGACACCAAGGCGGCAAUGGUAGGAGAUAGUAGCACUACGCGAUAACUAUCCGGGUCUUGAUGCGACGCUCGGUGGACAUUCUGACGAAAAACGACGACGAUGACGAUAGUAAUCUGCAAAGCACAAGACCGCGUAGCCCGAGGGGGAAAGGUUAUGGUGAUUGGAAUUAUAAUUACCUUGUAAAGGCAAUGUAAGUGCCUUGUAUUGUAUAAAAUUCAAGCGAUGUAACGAGAAGCCGCAGAGCGAUGGACUACAGUGACCAGGUUCCAGUAGGAAGUCGAGAAGCGAUGACGAAGUGGUAGUUCCUUACCAGUAUAGACACGUGGUUCGAAUCACAGACCAGGAUACCGAUGAUGUCCAAACCAGAUAUAGAUGGAUAACCGGAGUUCGACGGAUAUCCGGCUCGAAGGACCAAUAGCGAUAGCAGAGCGGGAGCAGCGGAGCGGGAACAACGAAGCGGGAACAACGGAGUGGUCACCAGGUAAGUAACCCUUUUUCCACUUUCUGCGGACACCAAGGCGGCAAUGGUAGGAGAUAGUAGCACUACGCGAUAACUAUCCGGUAAGUAAAUUCACUUCAUUACUUUCUAAUUCACUUUAUAAAAAAUAAUCAAAAUAAUUCAAAGGCUGACGUCUUCAGCCGUCAGAGAGGUAAAGGAGCAGGAUGAGUCGUCUCGAAGGCCUUUUUUAUAUUGAGUUCAACGGAAGCGUUAUGGUCUCCAUGACGUUUAGUAUGGCCUCCGUCAGACUUGUCAUUUGACAUGUUCAUCGAUUUCGAUGAACAAGGGAUUGUAUUCGAUGUGCGAGGAAAGCUAACGUACAGAUGUUGCAGUUAUCUUCUCCAUGCAUCGAACAGACUAUGAACACGAAAGACCAGGAAAUUAAGAGUCUAAUGAAUAAGUUUGAUUUAUAUAAAAACGAUCUGGAAGUUAAGAAAAAUACUAAGUACGUGACCACGACCAUCAUUGGGGAACAUUCUAAAAAUAAUAAUAACGAUAUCAAACAGUUCGCUAGUGAACAACGAAAAGCACGAAAAUCUUGCAAUAUUACAAUUGUUUGAAUGAGAUGAAUGAGAGUUACAAUAGAAGGAAUAUAUUAUUAAUAUAUCGAAAAAGUAAUUAUCGAUUAUUUUAUGCGUGUGAAUUUAAAAGAAAAUGACAAAAGUGAAUCUUCAAUCUUCAAUAGAACAGAUAAAGAUGAAAAAGAGAAUUAAGUAAUAUAUGAAAUAAAAUAAAAAGAAGAGGUAAAUCUACGAAGCGAAACAACGAAAAUUAAGAAAUAUCAAUUUGUAUUGAUGAAAAUAAUAUGAAAUGAUAUAUGAAAAUAAUAUAUUCUGAACAACAUGGUUUGAAACAGGAAGGCGUAAAAAAAUCUAAUGACAAAAAAUAUAUAUAUAAAAUAACGUAAUACACCAUUAUUGUGUAUAUUGUAUGAAAUGAAUAAGAAAAUACAGAAUAAAUGGACAAGGGAGGCGCCCCCGGAAUGUAAACGAAUAUAUCAAAUGAUGAAAAAGAAAUGUAUUUACAAUGUGCCAUUAUGAAAAAGGAGUAAUACAAGCGAAAAUAUAAAAGUAAAGAGGUAAACCUCUCAUAUAUAAAGAAAAAUAGGUAAUAUGCUAUCUACAAUAUCUACAAUAACAAGUUAUCUACUAUAUUUUGGUGUAAAAUUUAUUUUAUUUUUUCCUGCCUAUACUAAAUAGAACAAUCUAAGUAUUUUCACAGAUCCCACCUAGGACCUACAAAAAGAGGGGAGAGAGACCGCAUCCACAGUUUAUUUUCAAAACCGGGACUGAAGUGACAUUCUACAUCCGUGAAGAAGAGGAAGAGAGAUACCUGUCUGUCAACAGAGGAAUGGUAAGAAGGUUAAGAAUUAAAAAAAAUUUCAAAAAAAAUAUAUGUUCAAUAGAGUUUAAUAACUGGAUAUGAAAAAAAAAGAUAAAGAGAGAAAUUACGAAAAAAACAAUGAGUUAAUGAAUGAGAUGCAAGUAAUCGAUAAAUUGUUAGUAUUAUGAAAGUGAAAUAUGUAUAUGCUAAACACUUUUGAAAACUGUAUUAAAUUUUAUUGACAAUUUGCUUAAAAGUUAGAAAUACGAAAAAAAAUAAAAUUGACAAAGUUAAAAAAAAAAACAAUGUAUGAACAAGAAAAUUGUAUAAUUAUAUAUCGUAAGAUGAUCAGAUAGUGCUCCUGUGGCCGAGUGGUUAGCGUCAUAACUAACAUGCCGGGUGUUCGGGUUCGAUUCCCGUUCUGGUUCUGGAACCAUGGAAAUGGAUUUCCGACGAGGAGCGAGACGUGGCCAGGCGAGGCAAGGACAAAACUCAGCAUAGCGCUGAAGGGAAGAAGAACGAUUCGGCAUCCCAGCUGAAUGGUCACAAGAAGAGGACGACGAGUCAUGCGGAAGGUCAAUGGUGUUGGGUGCUGUGGGACGACGGAGCGAAAACAGGAAGCGAUUCGAGAGUCGUGCAAAAAGUGAAUCAGAUCAGCAAAUCUGUAACUAAGAAAACUGAAGAAGAAGCUGUAGAAAUUGUGAUGAAAGUGGAUUCCAUAAUUGGGCAGAGCCAUUCAACGUUGACGAAAAAAAAAUACAGCAAUCUCAAAACUGAUUAUAUAUGGCGGGAGAUUGAUAAUGAUAAAGGAAAUAACUCUGAUUCAAUUAAAGAUUGUACUAAAAUAGUGACGAAAGGUGAUUCAAAAGAGAUGACACCAAAUGAAUGAAAAGCCAAGGUUGCUGAAAUUGCAAACACUUCAACCAGGUAAACGUUGAAUUUCAUUUCAACGAUGGAAGGCGUGGUGGACUUAUGGACCGUUCCAAAGGUUGUUCAGGAAUGGGACCCAGAAAUACGUAACAUUGAUGAGAAUUGGAUGGACGAGACAACGCGACGUGAAGAGGAGGCAAGCGGCAACCCAUACCUAGUACCAGAGACGAACCAAAUGAUAAGUCACAGCGGAAGAUGACCAAUCAGUCAGCGAAUGGACACUAACAACGAAGAUUUGGAAAAAAGAAUAUAUAUAUAUGAUUUAUAUAUGAGUUCACGCAAAUGUAUACAAAAAUAAAUAUAAUUAAAUAAAUAAUACCGUUUCAUAAAUAAUGAAUAAUUAUAUUUACAGUUAAUAACAAAAAUAAAUUUACAAGAAGAUGCACAAGAAACUAGGUAAUUACAAAAGUAGACAAAAUUAAAAAAAUAAUAAUAAUAACAUAUACACGAAAACUGUAGAUGAAGUAUACAAAUAUUAUAAUAAAUAAGAAUAUAUUUUUACACAGUUAUACACAUUCAUAUAUAAAACAAACUAUUGUAAUAUAUUUAUAAAAAAAGAAGAUUGAUAACACUAUUUGCAGGUAGAUAUGAAAAUCUAACCUUUCGAACCAAUUUUAGGGAAAACUCAUCUAGUUUCCCCUAAAACUCAUUGAGUAGGGGGAGAUGCAGCGACCUCAUAACAAGAGACGGAUUUGUUUACCCAUGUUUGUGAUAGGGACCGAUCGAGGAAAAAUAAACAUCUUUAUCGCACAAUCCUUUGUGCGGAUCGUGUGAAUCAUAGAAUACAUUUUAUGAUAGGAUCGGGUAGAUCCCGAAUAAAUAAAUACAUCUCUCUUGACGAUCCUUGUUUGUGGAUCGUGUGAAUCAUAGGUCUAGUUUUACGAUAGGGUUUUGUUUAUGUUUUGGUGUUACGAUAGUGGGGAGCUUAUCGUAAGUUCGUUCUGUUCAUUAUAUUCGAAAGAGGUAAUAGAUGCAAGAAAAACUUGUAUAUAAUUUCUAAGAUAGAAAAUAAAGCAGUUAGUAUCUAGACACAGUGAAGAA